AAUAAGUAAACGGGCAGCUUUUGAAGGUUGACUGACAGUAUAUAAGAGCAGCUCUUGUUCAUGAUCUCUACACAGAAGCAAGAAGGAGCUCUCACCUGCAGGUUUCUCAGUCCGUCGUCUUCAACUUCUGCACCAUCUUCCUGGCUAAGAUGCUGACUGUGACUUUAGUUCUUUGUGCAAUGGUGGCACUGGCUACAGCUGACGAUGCAGCUGCCAGCCAUACUGAUACUCAAGCGUCAAAGUGUCCACCCGACUGGCACCAACACAACAACCGAUGUUUCUACUUUCAAUCCUCCACCAAGAACUGGGUUAAUGCUGAGACACAUUGCCAGACCAUGGGUGGGAACCUUGCAUCGAUACACCACGGUGACGAGCAUAACUUCCUUCAGACCUUGACUCAGUCAGAAGCAUGGAUUGGAGGCUCAGAUUGCCAAACACCUGGAAGCUGGUUUUGGAUCGAUGGUACAGGCGUGUCCGGAACAUUCUGGUGUCCACAAAAACCAGACAACACACAACAAGAGUGCUGUCUGAAGACCAACACUCAAAUCGGCAAAUGCUGGGAUGACACCGCCUGUGACACACUACUGCCAUAUGUGUGUGCAAAGUCUCUUUAGACUGCAGGCUGACCUGGAUCCAUACAAGCAGAAGACUAUGGAUGGAUAGAUAUCUGAAGAACAUAACGCAGACAUCCUUUCAUACAGUCGUGGUCAAAAGUUUACAUACACUUGUAAAGUAUUGUGGUAUUGUGGCCAAACAGCUCAAUUUUUGGACAGAGAUAAGACCUUCUGUAGGAAAGUUCUGUGGUCAGAUGAAACAAAAAUUGGGCUGUUUGGCCACAAUACCCAGCAAUAUGUUUGGAGGAGAAAAGUUGAGGCCUUUAACCCAAGGAACACCAUUCCUACCGUCAAGCAUGGUGGUGGUAGUAUUAUUCUCUGGGCCUGUUUUGCUGCCAAUGGAACUGGUGCUUUACAGAGAGUAAAUGGGACAAUGAAAAAGGAGGAUUACCUCCAAAUUCUUCAGGACAAGCUAAAAUCAUCAGCCCGGAGGUUGGGUCUUGGGCGCAGUUGGGUGUUCCAACAGGACAAUGACCCAAAACCCACGUCAAAAGUGGUAAAGGAAUGGCUAAAUCAGGCUAGAAUGAAGGUUUCAGAAUGACCUUCCCAAAGUCCUGACUUAAAACAUGUGGACAAUGCUGAAGAAACAAGUCCAUGUCAGAAAACCAACACAUUUAGCUGAACUGCAUCAAUUUUGUCAAGACGAGUGGUCAAAAAUGCAAGCAUAAGCUUGUGGAUGGCUACCAAAACAUCUUAUUGCCGUGAAACUUGCCAAGGGACAUGUAAGCAAAUAUUAACAUUGCUGUAUGUAUACUUUUGACCCAGCACAUUUGCUCACAUUUUCAGUAGACCCAUAAUAAAUUCAUAAAAUAACCAAA